CUAACCCCGCAGGGGGCAAAAGAACAGAAGUGGUGAGGAAUGCAGUAGGUGAGAAAUGCCUGCAUCGCCAGCGCUGUAAGCAGAGCCCCCUCAAUGGGCGGGCACCUGUGAACUCAGGACCGCCUCCCACCCCCGCCCCCGUCCGGGCUGUGGGUACCCGUGUGGGGGACGCCGGGGGGACUGCGUGGGGGGUGCGUCUGGGCUCGGUCAGCCCCUCAUAGCCCAAUCCCCCCUCCGUGAGCCAUGCAAGUGGAGUCUCCCAGUCUGCGCCCCCUGGCUCUGGCUAACCAGCCUCAGUCCCCCCGUUGGAGCAUUUCGCCCCGAGCUUCCGAGCGCACUGGUUGCCAGCUGCAGCUCGGAGCUUGGUUACGCAAUUACUUGCCGCCGCUGCGACCGCGGCCAAAGCCCACCCCGGCAAGGAGUGAAUUUGCCGCGAGGUUCCCGCCUCGGAAAGAGGCGUCCCUCACUGCUGGCCAAGUGCCAGAGAAGGUGUGCACGCAUCUCCCCGCCAAAACCCAACCAUGGGCAACUCCUGCUUUGGCCUCAAGGAACGGCUGAUGAAGCGGCUGCGGCCUCUGCCUACCGUGAUCGUCAUCCGUACCUGCCUGCCCCAGAGGAGGAGCAGAGAUUUCCGCGUGGUGGUGCUCGGCUCGGCCGGCGUGGGCAAGAGCGCGCUGGUGCAGAGGUGGGUGCGCGGCAACUUCCGUGAGGCGUACCUGCCGACCAUCGAAGAUACCUACCGCCAGGCGCUGGGCUGCAGCCACAAGGCGGGCGCACUGCACAUCACCGACACCACCGGCGGCCGCCGCUACCGGGGCCUGCAGCGCCUCGCCAUUGCCAGGGGUCACGCCUUCAUCCUGGUCUACUCCGUCACCAAGAAGCAAACCCUGGAGGAGCUGAAGCCCCUCUUUGAGCUGAUCCGUCAACUCAAAGGCAACAACCCGCAAAAGUGCCCCAUCAUCCUGGUGGGCAACAAGUGCGAUGAGAGCCCCCGGGAGGUGAGCGAGAAGGAAGGUGCCGCCUACGCGUCGGAGUGGAAUUGCGCCUUCUUGGAGACCUCCGCCAAGAUGAAUAUCAAUGUGCAGGAGCUGUUCCAGAUGCUGAUAAACUUCGAGAAGAAGCCCGCCGCCGCCGCCGGCGCCCAGCCUCCCCAGAAGAAAUCCCAGAUCCCCAAGACCGCCGAGAAGCUGCUGGGCAAGUGCAUCAUCAUGUGAACCCUGAGCCUUAAGGAGCCCGACCCUCUUCUCCUUCAGUGUGCUGAAAACAUGGACCAACCCCAUUGUGCUGUGUCACCUGUACACGACUGACUUUUGUGCUGUGGUUUGGGUUGUAACAAUUAGAUGUCAAUAAAUGUCCCCUGUGAGUUAGUAACUUUUCUUUUCCCCAGGCAAGAGAACUCGAAUUGUUAAAAUAUGGACAUUGGAGGAGGAGAGGAAAAGAAACAGGAUGCAUUUUAAAGGAUGGGACUUGGACGGACUUUAGAGAUUAAUGUUUGAAAAAGAGAAUGGAAAUAGCAAAAUGAAUUGAAAGAUGUCACUGCCCUUCUUGUAAUCCUAUUAUUGUGUAUUAUUCUUAAACAUUUCGAGUCCUAUAAAUGUCUGAUCAUAUCUUCCCAUUGUGUAUUUAAUUGUUAAGAGAUGUUUUUGCAACAAAAUCUCUGACAGAUGACUGUGAGACAGAUACUAAACAUCAUAAAUAAAUGAAUGUUCUAUAGUUGAGCGUUGAGGGUGGGAGCAGAGAAAAUUGUGAUAGUGGAACUUGCUUACUAAAUAUGUACCAAUUGUUUCCUAAGUCAUUUAAAAAUGUUUGAGUAUUCUACACUGCAGUUUAAAAAAAUUGUAACAGUUCCGUGACUUAAUAAAGCUUUUCCUGCAUGCAA